CAGCUGUUCUUACCUAUCAGCUGUUAUCAGCGGUACUCAUCAAGUGCACUUUACAAGGCGUCGUGUGUAAGGAUUUGGACAAGCGGCAAACCAUUUUCCGGACAUCUGAAGAGCCCUUGAUAAGCAACUAAGUUUGUUGCCAUACUCCAAAAUCGCUGUCCGAUCCCGCUUACGUAAUGCUUGGCAAUCUGGGCCGACUUUUGGGUUCCCGCUCCCCCAUCUUCAGGCGAUUAGUGCACACGGAGCGGAAAGUCCGGGUAAAUGGCUCCGACUUGAACAUCGUGGAGAGCGGCAGUGGAGAACGGAGUCUGCUCCUGAUGCCCGGAGCCCUGGGAUCCGCCUGGACGGACUUCAAGCCGCAGAUCGAGCAGCUACCCAAACUUUUGCCGGGCCACAAGAUCAUCGCCUGGGAUCCGCCGGGUUACGGCAAAUCAGUGCCUCCGCAACGGAAGUUCGGUCUGGAGUUCUUUCGCGAGGAUGCCCAGGCUGCCGUGGAUUUGAUGCGCGCCCUGGACAGGCCACGCUUUUCGAUUCUGGGUUGGAGUGAUGGCGGAAUCACUGCCCUAAUCAUCGCAGGUCGCCAUGCGGAGGCUGUGGAUCGGCUGGCCAUCUGGGGGGCAGGUGCCUACCUAAACGCCGAUGAGGUCAAGGCCCUCCGGAACAUCCGGGAUGUGGCCAAGUGGUCGCCGCGCAUGCGAGAGCCCAUGGAGAAGGUGUACGGCGUGGAGAGAUUUCCCGAAUUAUGGGCCGAAUGGGUGGACGCCGCCUGCUCCUUCUAUGACCAAAGGGAUGGCGACUUCUGUCGCUCGGAGGUUGAACAAAUAAAGGCCCCCACUUUUAUACUCCAUGGAAAAAAGGAUCCCAUGAUAGCGGCGGAACACAUUCCCUGGCUAAGGGAGCGGUUGCCUCAGGCAAAAUACCACGAGUUCCCCGAGGGCAAGCAUAAUAUCCAUUUACGCUAUGCGGAGGAGUUCAACAAACUAGUGGCCGAUUUCUUCAACAAAAAAGACUAGAAUAAGCAAUAUCUUUAAACAUCUCACUCAACUGCAGUCGAACUUUUGUAACUUGAGUUCUCUAAAAGUCAAGAAAAUUGAUAAGAAACACUUGGAAAACUAAAAGUGGUUUAUAAGUCGAUUUUUUAGUGGCAGCUAGUAGAUCCAGUUAUACAAUUUCGAAUAUAAGUGGAAAUAGUUAUCUGAAAUGAGAAGGCAA